AUGGACUUCUUCCAAAAGCUGCUUGGCGCGAAGCCAUCCCAAGCUCCAGUUCUCGACGACGAGUUCGCAGAUUAUGCUGCACCAGCGGCUGCCUCUCCUGUCUCAAUACCAAGCUCCGUUGCCGAUGCAGCUGCAGCUGAAGCAACUGGACAAACUCCUUUGUCGGGCUCAGGAGGACGACCGGUUGUCUACACAAAAUGGUACCGGGUAUGGGAGCGCACUACGAUAGCGGAUUUUUACUUCGAGUUGGCUGUGAUACCCUUCCUCGUUGUGGCCUUACUCGUUCACUUCUGGGGAACGCGUCGCAACAGAAGGAGGGCGCGAAAAUUCAUGGCAACCGCAAGCCCUAUUCUUGAGAACGAGUUUGCUCUUGUUGGUUUCGGCACGCAACCGAAAGAUGUUCCCUACUCAGAAGGCACGCAAGGCGACAGUCUCAUUGCUGCAUCUGCUAAGCUUACUGGCGAAAACCUCUCCGAAGAGGUCAUAAAGGGAAAGACAGCGUUCGAAUUCGAAAGUUACGCGACGGGACGUGCCAACGUCGCGUUCGUCGACGUCAAGGUCAAUUUGUGGAAGUGGUACAAUCCGAUGCUGCUUCUUGCUGAAUCUGGAAUGGGACUCUUCUUCGAAACCCUAAAAGUCGAACCAGAGCGCAUUGAAUGUGUUUCCUACGCCUUUGAUGGCAACGAGAAGAAUUUUGUUGCACCACCAGUGCCAGGGUCGGAGGAGAUCAAGAAGACGAAACCGAUUGGCAACUCGACUUACGACCAGUUCAUUUUCGCGAUCGUCAACAAACUCUCUAUGAAGCGGCUGCGUGAACAACGUUACGACCUGUCCCUUACCUUUACCAAGGACAACGCCAAACUUCCUGUGUGGGCCAGUGUCAUGUCUGAGUCCGCCGAAAUAACAGAGACAAUGUUAACCGCAGAACUGGUCAAGGCAAUAGAGACUGCAGGCGACUACUUUGAGUACUUCAUUGUUACAGAUCAACCGAUUGAGAAGCCCACCACGAUUGACGAGGCUAAACCCAGGAAGCGCAUCCAUAUAUGUUUCCGUUUGCCCAGCGACAACGACUAUGGAAAGGUCCUGCCACUGUUCCAAACGUUCAUACGAUUUGCCGAUCAUUUGGCUGCGAACGCGCAUUUCAGACCCGAAGUAACUAAGAAGAUCAAGCAGAUUCGAGAAUCGGAGAGUGGGAAGCUCAGGAAGAUAGCCGACAAGGAAGCAGAAGAGGACCGUAUGAAACAGAUGGAGAAGCUGAAAAAGGAAGAAAGAGACCGGAAGAUGAAAGGAAUGAGUGCGGAGGACCAGAAGAAGUUCUUGGAAAAGGAAGCUGACAAAAAGAGACGGAAGGACUCAAAGAAAAUGACUGUAAAAGGCUAG